AUGAGCAGCACAGGACAUCUGGAAAGACACAGAACAUGUGGUAAAGCAGACAACACCUAUUUCUUCAGCCACUGGAAAACAGCCACUGACCAGACCAAGGGGAAGCUGCUGAUGCUGGAGGUGCCUAACAGAGUGGUGUGGUUCCUUCUGUGUCUGAACGACCUUGUAGCUGUACAUCCUGACAUCUGGAGUAUCAGCAGGAGGCAGAUGAGGCAGGGUGCUCAGCUGGCAGUCAACGGCACACGUCAGAGGGUUUUCACCUCGUUUCACAGUCUCAGGGUAACAAAGCUGGGGGAUGUUGAUGAUCCUCAGACCCUCUCGCCUCAUCACACAGAUGAGAUCAUUGAGGCCCAGAUUUCUGUGAGUAAGGAACAGCCUGGGCUGGCUCCUCGGCUGAUUCCCUCCUCCCAGCCAGAAACAGUUAAUUGCCAGCUCCAGGCUGCCUCCAGCCCAGCCCUAAUCGGCCGGAUCUCAGGCGGCCACGCUGGGGCCGCGCGGCAGCUCCAGACCAGGCCCUGGCUGUGCUGA